AUGGGUAGAGGUCGAACCUCUCGCCACAAUAUCAGAGCCCAAGCUAAGAGCCUUCACUUGGAGGUCUAUCAUUUGCAGAGCAAUGGUCUGGCCGAGACGUAUAGAACAACUCAUAGGACAACCAUAAGAGAAACCCCUUUUAUGUUAGCCUAUGGCAUUGAAGCAAUGAUCCCAGUGGAAAUUAGACUGUCAAGCCAUAGAAGGCUCGUGCUAGAAACCUCGGAGCAUACAACUGAACAUCUUGAUCUCUUGGAAGAAGUACGGGAGCAAGCCGCUAUAAAGGUGGCCUCUUACCAAACUAAGACAGCAAAACAUUUUAAUAGCAAAGUCAAGGCUCGAAGGUUCAGAGCUGGCGAUUUGGUCUUGAGGAGGGCCGACACAGCAGGCCACCCCCCAGGGAAGCUCGGGCCCAUCUGGGAAGGGCCCUUUGAGGUCAUACAACAGGUUCGCAAAGGAGCAUACAGCCUAAGAGACACUUCGGGUAGACCUCUUCCGAGGCCCUGGAAUGCCGACAAUCUAAAAAUAUAUUACAAGUAA